AUUUUAAGAGCAAGAGCGAGAUGUCUGGCAACAAAACUGUCGACUACGCAAAAUCUUUCUCGUGCGAGAACGUGUUAGCUCAAGCGAAGUGGUAUCAUGACGAUUUACAGAAAGGAGGUUGGCGAGAAAUACAAAAGUUGGAAAACAAAACAUCUUGGAUCAAAACCUUCCCGAAUGAAGAAAUACCAACUAAAGUGUUGCUGAAAUUCCACCUACCCUUGUCCGUACAACAGUUCAUAGAAAUUUCGAACCCGAAAAACAUGGAGCUUCGCUGUAAAUGGGACAAAGGAUUCGUUGAUAACGAAGUGUUGGAGGAAUACCCGGAUGGUGGGGAAUAUUUGAUAUAUAAUAGAGUAGAAUUAGCAUGGCCUCUUACUGAUCGAGAUCUCGUGCUCUUCACAACUGCAGGCAUAGAGGUAGAGUGGUAUGGUAAACAAGCAUAUCUUCUCCCGUACAUCAAUGCCUCGCACAGGUCUAAGCCAGCAAACGUGGGUCCGUAUAUCAGAAUGACAAAUGGCGGACAGUUUAUCAUUGCUACAGCAGAUGAGAAUGAUCCUGACCAGGCUUGUACAAUAUUUGGUUUAUCACAUAAUUUGUACAAUGGCUAUCUUCCUUCAAGACAUAUGGAAUGGUUGCUUUCUCGUGCAGUGCCAAAAAAUUUGGGCAAUUUUUAUGACAGCCUGGUGGAAGGACAUAAGUUGUUUUUUGCUGAUAAGGAAUAA